AAUCAAAUGUUGAUGUUGCUUACACACCAACGAUAUCUCAAUAAUAUUGUAAAUUAUUGUGUUUUCAUUAUAAAAGGAUUUCAUUGUGUGUGUAAUGUGAAAAUAAAAUUGAAAACUGAAGUGUAGUCUAUUUAUAUCUGAUUAUCAAAUUCAGAUAACAAAUAAGGAAAUAAAAGUAUAUUCAAGGGAAUUUUGAUUAAUUAGGUUUCCAUCAUGUUGCUGUAAUCUUUUAAAAGAGCGUUGUCUUCAAGACGAGACAAUUAUAGCUUCAAUAAUUUAAACUCUAAAACUCAAGCACUGUGGUCAUGGAAAGACGGAUUCACGGAGUACCUGUAGUCUUUGUCCUUGAUACUUCCAACAGCAUGAGAGGAGAGGGCUUUGAUCAGAUGAAAAGAGCGUUCCUGUCUAUUAUUCGGGGGUAUUCUGAUCAACCCUCUGUAGAUCAUUGUGUUGCUGUCAUAAGUUUUGGAAGAGAAACAAAAGUUUUACAAAGUUUCUCAAACGACUACACGGCAAUUUUACACAUUCUCGAUGACAUACAAUGUGAAGGGCCGUCGUCAUUUAAAGAAGCACUGGAAGCAGCAGCACCUUUUUUACGAUCGGGAUUGAACGGGAGUUCCAUUGGACCUUUCUCGAUCAACGCAAACUUGAUUAUCAUCUCUGGAGGUGAUGUAACCGGCCAGGACAACGAAGACAAAAGAAAUAAAAAAAUGAAUGUACUGCAGAUAGCUGAACAAAUUGGCAAAGUAAAUCCGAUUGUAUGUGUUCCAGCUGGCGACAAUCCGGACAUGUGUUUCUUGGGAUCAUUUGCAUAUUCAUCGAUACGUGGAAAAAUAUUGGAUAUCGACGAAGCGCCACAGUUUGCGAGAUACUCAACAAAUAUGGUAGUAGCAUCUGAGAUUAUGGGCAGUGUUCCAACAAGAAAUUACUCUGUAGAUGACGUAAGGGAAGCUGUGAGGUCUAAAGUCAAAUUAUCAACAUCAGAGAAAGAUAUAUGUGACAUUUAUGAGAUCCUGACUAAAAGGCAGGCAUAUGGAAACGGUUCAUAUCCAAACGUAGAUUGCGUUGAAAAUGAUUUACGUUGUGAGGGUGAUCCUACGUUACCACCGAUUGGAACGCGUGUCGGAAGAGGUCCAAAUUGGCCAUUCACCAACCAGAACUCCGGCAUGUCUGGAACAGUAGUUGGUUAUAGGGAUGAUCAUUUCAACUUACUAGUUGAAUGGGAUACGAGCAUGGUAUUUCCAUAUCAUUUCGACAAGCAUGGAGAUCAUCAAAAAUCUAAUGUGGUGGUCUGUGACGUACCAAGAGUUCUACAAACAGAGAAAAUUGCCGUAGGAUGUCUUGUUAAGAGAGGUCCUGACUGGAAGUGGUUUGACCAAGAUGGCGGGAAGGAUAAUAUUGGGACGGUCUACAGAGUAAAGGGAGACAAUAUCGUAUUUGUGCGAUGGACUAACGGUAUAAAAAGCAACUACAGAUUUGGAUAUGAUGGAAAAUAUGAUGUUAUACUUUGUGAUCCCUUUGAUGAAACUGUUAAGAGAACACUUGGAAAUCAACAAAAUGUUUGGCGCUUAGAUGAUUCGCAGAAAGUCGUAUUGAAAAACGGAAGUAAAUGUAACGAAAAUGGGAGGAACACAACGACAAAUGUCACAAAAACUGUCAAAAGAGAUCAUCAAACAAAUAAUGAAAGUGUACCAGACUCAGAAGAAAAAACUGAAUUUUUAGACAAGGUAGGGGAAAACACUUCUACAAAUCAAAACACAGGGGAUGUUUCAAAGGAACUAGAUAACAGCAACUCCUCAGAUGAUUUAUCAUCCUGGGAAUGGAAAAAUAAGGAGGGAAACUGGGUUUCGUUUCCAUAUUCAGAAAAAAUUAAAAUCCAAAAGGCUUACGAUAGAAACAAUAAGGGCACAGUUCUGGUGAGGAUAAACGAAGAUAUAUAUAGGGUGGUUUUGUCUAAGAUGAUUCAAAUUAAUAUCAGUAGCAGAGAGUCGCAGGAAAUAAGACACCUCAGCUGAUCCGUACUCAAUGUCGUCAGUCAGGCUUGCAAUCAUGAUUACUACAUCGACGUCAGGAUGAUUAAAUAGAUGACAUCUACUUUGUUUUGCUAUCAUAUUUGCUGGGGAAAUAUCCACUGACAUUUCUUUUUAAUGUAAGCAAAGACGCACUCAUAUGAGUAUUUAUGAUAACAUUGUUACUUUAUUAAAUGUUUUGGGUGAAAUAAGGAUCAAGAUAUUUUAUGGUACAUUUUUCUUAUGAAGUACCUCUAUAAUAAAUGUGUAUACAUGUAAAUCUCUAAUUUGCACAACAUAAUUUGUUAUACCUUCAGAGUCACACCUGGAUUAAUAAUGAUUUGUAAAAACAACCAAUCUCAACAUUUGUUUGCCUGUCAAAAAUGGUUGUAGCGUUAGAGUAUUGGAGAUAUAUGUAAUUGGCAAAAAUAUGCCAGUUUUGUCUGAUGAUAUUAAUCAAUAGUAAUGCUACAGUUAUCUUAUAUAGUGUGUAGGAGUAAAAUCAAUUUCUGCUUUUGAUAGAUUAAAUUUUUGAUUUCUUGAUCUAUAAAUUCUAUAAAUAUUCUACACUAUUAAAUUUUGGUAUAUGUCGAUAACUCGAUGUUACAUUUUUUCAUUAUAUUUACUUUGUUUUUGUCUAAUGUAACUUUCCUCUAAAUAUAUUUUAAUCUAUCUGCAUAAAAUUUGUUACUUUUUUCAUUACCUACAUCAUUAUUGCGUCUUGCUCUUCUGUUGUGAGUUGUUCUUUUCAAAGUUUAUUAGAUAAACUUGUCCAUCAACCCCACAACUACCUCUAUUAAUCUCUGUAUGUGGAAUUGCCACAAUUUCCAAGUUCUUUUGUCUCCGACCCCUUAAACAUCCUCUGAAUGAACAAACCUUGAGGCAUUCAAAUUUUAAGUAAGGUUUUAUUAGAUUUUUCCUUGUCAAGUUGACUCGUUAAUAUGUAUGUCCUACAUGUAAUAAUGUUAAACUAUCAUUGUACUUGUCUUUAAAUCUUUCCUAAUUUGCACUUUUUAGAUCGUCUAUAUAGUUCUUCUAUAAUACGAGCUUGUCAACAACUUUGACCAUAAUGGUGGAUCCCUUAAUUACAGUCGUUUCUACGUUUUGCAUUUUUCUGUCAUUGAAUUUAAGCCCUGGGGAUAUUUUAUCUAGAACAAGUUUGGUUUUUUUACAACUUUUAGAUCGUCCCAGUUUUCUGGUGUGUAUAAUACACAUGUACAUUGUAUUCAUCUAAUCUAUUUUAAUUUUUGAUUCCGAUCUGAAUAUUAUUCGUCAUACAUGUACAUACCAUAACAAUACAAAUCUGUAAUAUUUGUAGCUGAAGUCGCAUCUUUUUUUUAAUCACAUACAUAUCAGCUUUUAAGUCUUUUGCUUUGUUUCUGCACUAGUAUCUAACUAAUCAUUUUUUUCUUUUCCUAGGAGAAUUAAGAUUUUGAACACUACAAUUUUCAUGAUAUAUUUAAACAUUAUCAUUACAUUUGAAGUUGUCAUGUUGUGACCAAGAAUUGAAUUCUUUUUCUACAACGUAAAUUUUAUUGCUCAACGUGCCAUUUUUUUUUUCGUCUUGCAUCUUUUUAAUUUUCAAGACGAACAGUCAUUAAUUCUUAUAAAUUUCAUUAAUAUCUGUAUGUGUCAAUUUUUUUAAUGUAUUCACAGUUCUUAUAUUUUAAAUCUGUUUAAAUUAAAUCAUAUAAAGUCAAUAAGUAUUGAAUAUGCUUCCCGCUAUCCCCGUUGAUCGGAUGCUUCAUCCCUGUGAAUGGUAUUGUCAUUUAAAUUCAAACAUUGUGGUUUUAUUAGUCCUUUUUUAUUCACUUUCGCAGUAAAAUCGCGCCUCAUGGUUGAAGUCUAUAUUCUAGAGUCUAGGUACUAGUUGACAAUUUUAGAAUCUACACGAUUGUUGGUUUUAAUCCUUAUCUUCAUUAAUCGGUGGGUUAAAUGAAUUCUAAAAAUAAAUAUGACAAUAGAAAAUAUUGUUUUACCAUUUUACUGUUGUUACCACAAUAAACAUGCUUAGAAAUGACCCCCCCCCCCCCCCAAUUCUACCGCAACCAAAACAUUUAAGUUAUGUAUUUCCCGUAGUAUAUUUGCAUAAUAAGCAAUUUGGCAAUAGUUAAAACAAAAUUUGAUUAAGCAUUUAAUUUUUCGAGAAGACUUUUUGUAACUUUGUUUGUAUAUCAUAUAUAAGCACAAACGAUAAGAUCUUCGCAGAACUGAACAAAACACAGAACAUAUUUUGUAUUUUGUGCGA